AUGUAUAUCCAUAUGUAUCAAUUACUGGUGUUGUUGAGUUUGAUUUUGGAAAAAGAGAGUAUUUUGGAGUACUUCUAUUUGAUAUCCUAUUCUAUGGAAUACUAGCUUGUACCUAAUGAAUAUGGGACAAAUAAGCAUCCAUUGUUUUUUUUAGGAGUAAAGAAUGAAAAUUAAAUGAAGAAGAAAAAUCAUGUUGAACACACUUAUGUUGAGCCCUUAAAUGAGGAGAUGUAAGAUGGCUAAGAUGAAAGCUCUGCUAUUUUCCACGAACAACUGAAGAAUCGCAUAUAAAAAGCUGUGUAAAUAGAGGAUUUAAAAAGAUAUUUCGGAGAUACAAAGGCAGUCGAUGGAUUGACUCUCUCCAUAUAUGAAUCCUAAAUUCUCUGUUUGUUGGGACACAAUGGAGCUGGGAAGACAACUGCAAUUUCUUUGUUGACAGGUCUAAUCAAGAAGGAUUAUGGAUAAAUUAAAUAUUAUGGAAUUUCAACUGAUGAAGAUUUGGAUGGCAUUAGAAGCUUUUUAGGAAUUUGUCCCUAGAAGGAUGUCUUGUAUAAUAAAAUGACUGUGGUUGAACACUUGACCUAUUAUGGCAGGAUCAAAGGACUUGAUGGUUAGACUUUAGAGAAUCAAAUUGAAGAAGUUAUAGAAAAGUGUGCAUUGGCAUCAGAGAAAACAAAACAGGCGAGUUAAUUAUCAGGUGGAAAUAAAAGGAAAUUGUGUUUGGCUAUGGCUUUGAUUGGUGGAUCUAAAGUGAUCUUCUUGGAUGAACCUACUUCAGGAAUGGAUCCAGUCACAAGAAGGAAAAUAUGGAAUAUUCUAUUGCAAAUGAAAAAUGAAGGGAAAUGUUUAAUCCUGACAACACAUCAUUUGGAUGAGGCUGAAGUGUUGUCUGAAAGAAUUGCCAUCAUGGCCAAGGGAAAGUUGUUGACUGUGGGAAGUGUUGAUUUUGUUAAGAAGAAUUUUGGUAUCGGUUAUCAUUUGAAUAUUUAUAAUUUAAAAAAUUCACUAGAGAUUUGGGAAGAUAAAGUUGAGAAAAUCAAGUCAUUAAUAAUGAAUUAAAUAAAAGAUGCUCGCUUAGAACCUUAAACAGCCAAUUUGUGUGUAAGCUUCUCAGUUCCAUUUGAUAGCAAAUCCAGCUUAUUAAAUAUAUUUGAAAUUCUAGAGAAUGAUCAAUCUAUUUAAAUCAAUUUAUUGAUGAACACUUUAGAAGAAGCCUUCAUCAAUAUUGGUAUGGAUGAGGAAGCAUUCUUAAAAAAAGCUCAGAUGAAUGGAUCAAUUUAAAUUAACAAUUAAUUUGAAUAAGAGGUAAAUCUUAAUGAUGAAUUUGCAAAAAUCAUCCCUCCUAAUUGUCUUAAGAAUGAUCCCGUCUACUCAUUCGCUUUGCAAUUCAAAGCCUGUUUCCUAAGGAAAUUAUUUGGAAUGAAGGGGAAAAGAUUGGCAGUUCAACUAUUUUUUUCAUCAAUCUUUUGUGUCCUUGGUCCACUAUUAGGUAGCCUGACUAAAAGCACUGUUAAACCAAUUGAUGACGAAGAUGAUCUUAAAUCGUACUAUUUAAGAGAGUAUAUCAUCUCAUUUAGUAUUUACCUUUGUGCUUUCAUUGAACUUGUGAUGGCUAUGAGUAUAUCCAGCACUAGUAUUGGUAGUGUGCCAGUUCAGGAAAGAUAGCAAAAGCAAAAAUAUGCUCUUAAUGUAAUGGGAUGUAGAAUCGAACCUUACUGGAUAGCUAAUUUCGCAUUUGAUAGUGGUGUGGCUACUAUUCUGUUUCUAAUUUACUCACUAACAACACUAGCACUAUAAGUGGAAUAACUUAACUACUUCGUUGUAUAUGCUUUGUUCUUCUUUUGCUUUUUAACCUAUGUAGCCUUAUCAUACCUAUUAUCAUGGCUAUUUACAGAAUUCCUGUCCUCUUUGAAAUAUAUGAUGUUACUGAUGAUCUUUAUAUUUUAUAUGCCAGGCAUGAUCUGCUUCUUUUUGGUGAAGUAAACAAUUUUCAAAUGGACUCUUUGUUUCCUCUUACCAAGUGUUUCAUUAUUAUCAGGAUUAACAGCAGUCUUGGAUCUCAACUAUAAUCCCUCCAUUAUUGAAGUUCCUAGUUUCUUUAUUGAAUACCCAUGGGUGUUUGUUUGCAUACUUAUAUUUCAAACCUUGCUCUACUUAGCAUUGGCGAUUCUUAUAGAUCAUCGACAAUUAUUAUCAGUAAAUCAAUAACCAAUCAUUGUCGAAUCCAAAGAUGGAGAUGUCAUCUAAGAAGCCAAAAGAGUUUAAAAUGAAUCCUGUUAAGAUAGAGUCAUCGCUAGGAGGAUCUCAAAAGUAUAUGCUAAUGGUUUCUAAGCAUUGAAAGGUACAUCAUUUGGAGUGGAAUCCGGUUAGAUAUUUGGAUUGUUAGGUCCCAAUGGAGCAGGAAAGUCAACCACUUUUAAUAUGAUAACCUGUAGACUCAAACCAACUACUGGAGAAAUUAAACUAAUGGGAUAAUUGAUUGAAAAGGGUAAAGGAGAACUCUUUCAAAAUGUCGGCAUCUGUCCCUAAUUCGACAGCUUAUUCGAAUUGGUGACUGUCAAAUAGCAUCUGAUCAUUUGGGCAUAUUUGAAGGGUUUGAAUGGAACCGAUGCCAUUUAAUCAGUGGAAUACUUUAUGAAAGUUAUGUAAUUGGAUGCAUAUGAGAAUGUUCAUUCAGAUAAAUUGAGUGGAGGAAACAAAAGAAAGUUAUGUGUUGCAUUAGCAUUAAUGGGUGGUACUAAUAUGCAAUUCUUUGAUGAACCUUCCUCUGGGGUUGAUCCUAUUGCAAGGAGAUUCCUUUGGAAUGCUAUUUAAAAUGGAGUCAAAUUAAGGAAUGGUGCUGUUAUUUUGACUACACAUACCAUGGAUGAAGCUGAAAAUUUAUGUUCCAAAAUUGCAAUUCAAAUCAAUGGACAAUUUUCUUGUCUUGGAACACCUUAACACUUAAAAUAAAAAUUUGGUGAUGGAUACAGAGUAAGUCUAGAAUUGGAGGAAAAUUUUUAAAGCUAGCAAUUGAUUUCCUUAAUUAAAUAAGAGUAUCCCAUGUGCGAUAUCUUAGAGGAAAAUAACUAUAAAGUUGUUGUUCAAUUAUAAAAAUAAGGAUUCUCCUUCUUUAAAGCAUUUAGCUUCUUUUUAGAGGUUAUCCAAAAUUAACAUAAAUAUAUUAAAGAUUUUUAACUAAAUUAGGCAACAUUAGAAUCAGUAUUCAUGUACUUUGCAGGUUAACAAGAACAAAUUGAAUAAGAUGAACUCAAAAAGAAAAAAUGUGUGAUUGCUUGUUGUGGUAAUGAUGAAGAUGAUUGAAAUUUAUAUUUAUGUGAUUAUUGAUUGUUUUAUAUUUUAAAUAUGAUUGUCAAUUAACUACCAA